GACGCAUUCAAACUGUUCUUAGAGUAGCCAUGCAAUUUUGACAUUCACUCACAAGCUCGUCAUCAUCAGACUACGCCGUCAAAAUUUUGUCAGUUUCUACUUGCAGUAUUGAAAAGUACUCUUUGUUGGAAGUAAAAAAGAUACACCACCAGAGUACCAAAAAUCUAACACCGCAGUAUUUUGGUUCCAGCGCCAUGUCCUUCUUCUUGCGGUCGUUGCAAUCGCGGAAAUCGCGUGGCCUGUCUCGAGUACGACAUACGUCUGCACAAUGUGCCGGGCUACGCACUUGUCUCGUCACGAUCCAAAUGGUCAGCAUGACGUUCACAUUAUUCGAUGCUGGCGUCGCUGCAGCAUUCGUGAAAAAGCUUCCAUUUAUUAUGUCUAUUACAGAUAGCACCUGAAGCUGAACACACGUUUUGCUUUUGUGUCUAGGUCAAACUACGAGUCCCAUAUAAUGAUAUCCCGAUUUCAUCGAUCUGCAUUUUUACAGGCAGCUUGGUAUAUUAUUUACAUAAGUACAGCCUGAUCUUCUAAGCUGAAGGCGAGCCUCCAGACACUGCAACAGCAGCCAACGAAACUGAUCCCGAACCCUAGGAAAAUACUUCCACGACUUCAAGCGGAUAUGAACGAUCUUCCUUCCUAUCACGAAUGGAAUCAAAACCAGCCAAAGAAAGAGCUGGAUAUUCAGCGUCCACAAGCUACCAAUACCUCCACGUCGCCAGUAACAGCAGGAGGGUCUCCAGCAGCUCCUUUAGUGUCGUCCGUACCGUUACCAGGAGGACAUGGACAAGCACGAUCAUCAACGAAUAAGGGCACAAGGCUUUCGUCGUUCCCCUCACCAGGGACAGCACGAAUAGCAACAAGCAGUGACUGGAAGUAUCCGCUGCAAUCGCAACGAAAUAGAAAAAUGGGUACCACGGCAUCUGGAACGAGUUUUCAGCAACAUGUAACACCAUCACCACAAAGCACAAGAAGAAGAAUAGAGAUUCCCCUACUGGGAGGCCGAGGACGAUUUUUUGGCUUCUGGCACCAGCUGAUGGCGCGAAGUGAUGAGCCAAAAUUAGAUGCCACUGAUGUUGCAACUUCGAGUUCUAGCGCAAAAUAUAACGUGAACAUGGACUUCAAGGGCAAUAGAGACAAAAGAGUUGUUGAGGACUACGCCCCCCUACCACUGAUUUCACAGCCAGACUGGAAAAUGGAUCGCGCUAUUAGUGACUGUUGGGGGCUCGCCGGGCCACUAACUGCUUCCGACAUGAACCGCCUGACUACGCGUUUCAAUCCAUCCUUCCACAUGCAGGCCCACUGUCUUGUUACGGCCAACCUCUUCAUCUGUGCUGAUACAUAGUGUCAUCCCCAGCCUUGUAGUUGUACAUGUAUCUGUACCGUGAUCAACUGCAUAAUGACAUUACAUCAGAACACACUGCCCUCCCUCCUAUGUUCUCAGCCUCGAGCUACAGCUGACUCUAAACUUCGUGUCGGAAGUUCGGCAGAGGGUGUAACAUUCGUAGACGCUGCGGGACCCAGCCUUCCAUUGAGCAGCGGAAGCACAUCCAGAGCAGGACAACCAGGAAGCACCCUGCAAAAUGAAGUUGCCCACGUCUCGCGAUUGCCUCAGCGGGUCUCCAAGACUGAGCAAUGUGUUGAAAAUUCUGCCAUAUCAUCGAUGAAAGGAGCACGCCGUGGAUCCUCGUCGCUUGCCGCACCACAGGAGCUGCCUGUUCGCGACGACGCUUUUCCCGCAACCCUGGCUGAUGAUACGAGAUGAAGGAUUUAAUCACUGUCCUCGUGCCCCCUGGCCCAUCCCGAUAAAUAUGAACACCGCUUGUUGAUGGACUUUUUGAUGGUAUUUGAACCCGACGGACCUUACACAACAAAAAUGAUGAAUACUGUACAUAGCGCUAAUACUGGUGUGAUGAGAGUGCAGACGGCGGCUACGGAGACAAAAGACGCUUGUUCCGGUUCUGCGGCAUAUCACGAUGGCUUGGACCAGAAAGCUGCACUAAAACAGUUGGUGCUCUUGGACGAGUGCACUGCCAUGGGUAUGCUGCGCGAGCACUACUCUUUCGCCGACGAUUCCGCUGCUCAGGAGGAACUCAUUGCUGCUACUACUCCUGAGAGGAUCGAGGAAUCAAACGUUGAAUGAUAUUGGACUUUCUACUACACCGAAAGAUAAUUCACAAGCGCUUUCCCUUUAGCCACUGUUGUUUUGGCCCACCAGGUACCUUUUCCUAACUAUAUUAUGGAGUUCGAUUGAUUGCUUUACACACCCACACACUUGUUCCGUCAUUUUGCUAGUAAUGUGCGAUCAUAUUAUUCGGUCUCUGGUACUCUGCGUAUCUAUGACUCAUGCACGAAAUACUUGCAGGUGCCGUACGUUGGCUUCAUGAUAACAUCUGCGCAAAUCAAAUGCACGAUCGAGCGGUUUGACGCUUUUUUGCCUACUGCAUCCGAUUGUAUCGACGAAAAACGGCGUCUGUGCGCCAGUGUCGAGAUCUGAAUAGCUAAGUCUAUUCACUUUCUAGAUUAUAUAAAUAUUAUUUACAUCAUACAUGAUCCAUUUUCCGAAUCCGAAUAAAGAAAAAAAAUUUACAAAAUGGAGAUUUUAGUGUCAGUUUCAGCUCUUACGCUAGCAUAUUAUUGAUAUUUGCAUAAACAUGGAUUCUUCAUGGAAAGUACACAUGUUUUCGUCCUUUCUUUGUUUCUUGAGGCAAAUGGCAUGUAAUCAUGACUGAUCAUGUUGAUGUGGUACUCGAUUACGUUUCUUCAUUAGAGUCUCUUUGCAUACAUUAGUGGGGCUAUUCAUCAAAAGAAGAUAAACAAUAACUCGUCCUCUUGGGAAUUUCUUUGAUGAAAGUUGCUAGUGUAGCACAUCUCCGCUUGAUGUAAAAGCGAACUGGUUGCCACUUCACUGUGAAAGACUGACAAGGAGAUCGUCUGGUAAGAUGAUGUCUUACCACAAAUUUGGUUUUGGAUUGACGACCGUACUCGUCUCAAACUCAAUGCAUUCGCUUUUGGAAAAGGUUAUUUGAUUUUUUGUGCUUAAAGCAUAUGCAUCGAUUUGCGAAU